CCACCGGUGGGUGUGUUGAGGGGGGUACCCCUCUCCCCUCGGGGUAUGAAAGCGGCUGCGGCCGGGCCCCCCUCCCCGAGAGCCGCUUCUCCGCGCUCCGCUCUCAGCCGCGUCCCAGCUCGCGGCCGCCACAGGAGGCGCUGCCCUCACCAUGAACAAAGGCUUUACAAAGAAGAGUCACACAUUCCUGCCUAAAAUAUUUAGGAAAAUGUCUACUCAAUCAUCAAAAGAGAGGCCUGAAAGCUUGCAGUUUCCAUUCCUUGAUGAUGAUGAUACUGUUUCUACAAUCAAGGAAUCUAAAACCUUUGUCAUCCUAAGAGGUCUACCAGGCAGUGGGAAAUCCACUCUUGCCCAAGCCAUUCAAGACAGAUAUAAGGAUGCCUGCCGGAUCAUUUCUGUUGAUAGCUAUAAGAUUGUACCUGCAGUAAGAAGCGCCAUUCCUGAAGAUUAUUCAAAGAUGGAUGAGGAUGUAGUUGACUGUUGCAAGCGAGACAUCAGUGUUGUUGUUGUGGAUGACACUCAUCAUGAAAGGGAGCGACUGGAUCAACUCUUUGAUAUUGCUGACAAGUACCGGUACAAAGUCAUCUUUGCUGAACCCAAAACGCAGUGGAAAAUGGAUUGCUUGCAGCUGAAGGAAAAGAAUCAAUGGAAACUGUCUGUGGAAGACCUGAAAAAGAUGAAGCCAAACUUGGAGAAAGAAUUCCUACCCAUGUAUUUUGGUUGGUUUUUGAACAGAAAAACUUCCGAGAACUUGAGGAAGAUUGGGCAGGCCUUUCUCGAUGAGCUUGGAAGCUCCAAGGCAUUCAAAAAGGAGUCUAAACACUUUGCUCCUGCCAUUGAAGAUCCCAAACUUAAAAUAGACCUAACCAGCUACUUCGUGAAAAGGCCACCAAGCGUCUUGCACUGUACUACAAAGUACACCGACUUCGGGAAGGCUCCAGGAGCUGAAGAAUACGCACAACAAGAAGCUGUGAAGGCGGCCUAUGGAAAAGCCUUUACCCUGACUAUCUCUGCACUGUUCAUCACAACAAAAACUGCUGGUGCUCGUGUGGAUCUGAGUGAUCAAGACCUGUUGCUGUGGCCAAGUGAUGUUGACAAGAUACAACCCACAGACAACCUGCCCAAAGGCAGCCGAGCUCACGUUACCCUUGGAUGUGCCAGUGGCAUAGAAGCAGUUCAGACUGGCCUUGACCUCCUGGAAUUUGUCAAGAUGGAAAAGGCAGGGAACAAAGGUGAUGAAGUUGGGGAAAUUGGAGGAGGGAAACUGCAGUACUUUGGCAAUGGCAUGUGGAUGCUCCUGCUUUCUAAAAAGAUUGAAGUGAAAGCUAUAUUCACAGGUUACUAUGGCAAAGGAAAGCUAGUGCCUACUCAAAGCAGUAACAAACGAGGCUCUGCCUUUAAUUCCUGCACUAUUAUCUAAAUGCUCUAGUAGUGCAGUUGCCUUUUUUUUAAAGACAAAGUAACUUGUGUAACAUUUAUGAAAUUGUAGAGAAAUAAUUCUACCUGUACUAAAGUAAGCCCUUCUGCAAACUUGAGUGAUGUGUCUCCAUUGAGACACAAUUUAUUGGCCCUCAGGGAGGAAAUUAAUGACCUGAUUGACUGUAAAGAAAAAUUAAGCACCUAAACACCUAUUUCUGAUCCUUUUCCAGUAGGCCAACUAUGAUUUGGUAACUGAAGAGCUGAAAGACUUUUUUAAUGUACAUUUUUUUGGUAGAGAUACAGCUUUUCUUUUCUCAGAGGAUUAUUUUUUAUGGUCCAUUUUGUAAUUUCCCUAAGAACCACAAUCCUUAGAUCAUUCUAUGAAAGUAUUUUGACAGUAGUGGACCAAAGCUUAGGGCUACUUUUAAUACUCUGAAGCAAAGCAAGUUGAACCUGGGACAGUCCCUUCCAUAGGCUGCUGGAACAUUGUGUCCUAGGUAGCAGAUAACUAGGUUAAAACCACUAAAACCCAGCAAUGGGUAGCAAGGAUGGGAGUAGAGUUCUUGGUGGUUUUGGUCAACAAGGAUAAGGAAGAGAGACAGGGGAGUUCAAGAGCCUUCAUUAUGUAAGGUCAAACUAUUGCAUCCACAUGACUUGCCACAUGUGGCCUCCCCACCUUCAAACUGCUAAUAGGAAAGAGUCCAUCCAUAGGUUCGUUGGCAGGAGAAGGACCCAUAUAUAUCCAGCCUAAGCUGAAAGUACAUUAAAGGCAAGUGGUAUGUGUAAAAUCACAUAAGAGGGAAUUUAAGCGAAGCAUUAGGAAAAGCUUCCAAGUCAUUAAAUCUUUUCAGUCUUGCUGUGAUAUGGCAUCUGCCACUUUCACACCAGACAUCCAAGAGUGGACUGGACAAAGCACUAUUUGUCCAGUUUACAUAAACUGUAGGGAACAAUCCUGCCCUGGGAGGGGGAUGGAAUAAACUAAUAGGUCUCUUCCAUCUCUAACUCAUGAUCUUAUAGAAACUAAAAUCACACCUGAAGUAUUUUAUUGUACUUCAUGCAAGACUGAUUUUCCUACUUUGGAUUCAAAGUCUAAUUCUCUUGAAUGUUAAGGUUAGGUGGCAGCACAUGAAGCUAACAUGUCAUAGCUUAGGAGGUAAAUAGUGGCACUAUAACUUUGCAUAACUUUGCCUGUGUUCACACUAAACAUUUUUCAAACUGGCUGUUUAAAUGUUUUCAGUUAUUAAACGUGUCUGACAGUUGAAGCUUGUUUCUGCUUAUGUGAAAAGUCAAACAGCUUGCCUGUCAUGCAAUGGAUACUUACUGUCAUUGGCCUACUGUAACACUUGGCCAAACUAAUAGAUUCAGGUCAGAACAGCAGCUUAUGCUCAUGUCCCAUGAACUGUAAAACGUCUUGAAAUAAACCCCAUAUUAAUUUA